UUCAUCAUCUCUCUUUCUAUCUCUCUCUCUCUCUCUCACACACUCUCUUUUUUCCCUCUUUCUCUCUCUCUCUCUCUCACACAGAGUUACGGUGUGUCACAUCGCGUGUGGAGCUUCAAGAAACGAAGCGUUUUCACCUCAGGGUUUUUACUCUUGAAGAUUUGACGCACUGACAACAGAUGAUAAGCUAUAAAUGACGUUUGCAAAAUCCUGAUUUUUGUUGUCUGGCUUCAUCCCUUCCGAUUUGUUUUUCCUCUCUGUCUUUUUCUUCUUCUGUCAUCAGCAGUGUUCAGAUUGAAGUGAUGGCUAAAGAUGUGGACACCGGUUCAACCAACUCUAUGCGUUUGAAGCAGGAGAUCUCGCUCUUACAUGGAGUCUGUCUGAUCGUUGGCAAUAUGAUCGGCUCGGGCAUUUUUGUAUCGCCAAAAGGUGUGCUGGAGUACACGGGCUCCUAUGGCUUUUCUCUGGUGGUUUGGGCUAUUGGUGGUAUCUUCUCUGUAUUUGGUGCCCUAUGUUAUGCUGAACUCGGCACCACGAUCCGUAAGUCAGGUGCCAGCUAUGCCUACAUCCUCGAGGCUUUUGGUGGCUGCCUGGCGUUUAUUCGUCUGUGGACUUCACUGAUGAUUGUGGAGCCGGCAUGCCAGGCAGUCAUCGCUCUUACUUUCUCCAACUACCUGGUACAGCCGUUCUACCCGACCUGCCCAGCCCCAUAUGAUGCAGUUCGUCUCAUCGCUGCUCUCAUCAUUGCUCUGUUGACCUUUGUAAACUGUAUGAAGGUGAAGUGGGGGGCCAUCCUGCAGGUCAUCUCUACUGUCGCAAAAGUGCUGGCUCUCAUUGUCAUCAUCAUUGCUGGUUUAGUCGUCCUGGCCCAAGGUAAGACAAGGAACUUUGAAGACUCUUUUGAGGACUCCAAACUGAAUCCAGGAGACAUGGCAUUGGCUCUGUACGCUGCUCUAUAUUCAUACUCUGGUUGGGACACUCUGAACUUCAUUACUGAAGAGAUCAAAAACCCAGAGAGAAACUUGCCACUGUCUAUAGCCAUCUCCAUGCCCAUCGUCACAGUUAUCUACCUCCUGACCAACGUGGCCUAUUACGCAGUCUUGGAUGCAGAGACUGUGUUGCAGAGUGAAGCCGUGGCUGUGACGUUUGCUGACAGUGUUCUUGGCUAUGCACGCUGGCUGAUCCCCCUGUCUGUGGCCAUCUCCUGCUAUGGUGGUCUCAACUCCUCCAUCAUUGCUGCCUCCAGGUUGUUCUUUGUAGGAUCUCGGGAGGGUCAUUUGCCCAACACUUUGUCUAUGAUCCAUGUAAAACGCUACACGCCAAUCCCGGCCUUGCUGUUCAACGGUGGCAUGAGCUUGCUUUACCUGUUUGUUCAAGAUGUGUUCCAGCUUAUUAACUAUUUCAGCUUUAAUUAUUGGCUGUUUAUUGGCCUGUCCAUUGCCAGUCAAAUCUACUUGCGCAUAAAGGCUCCUGAGAUGCCUCGCCCUGUAAAGCUUAGCCUAUUCUUCCCCAUAGUGUACUGCUUGUGUACCGUGUUUCUGGUGGUGGUGCCACUCUACAGUGACACUAUAAACUCCCUGGUGGGCAUCGGUGUGGCUCUCUCAGGUCUUCCAGUCUACUACCUCUUUGUGUACCUGCCACCCAGCUCCAGACCUGCCUUCUUGGGCAGGUUGUUUGAUAAGUUCUCACUUUUCACCCAGAAGUUGUGUUUCUGCUGUGUAGCAGAUCCAGGCCUCGACCUGGACAAUCCACCUGAAGUGGGCAAAUCAAAAUGACCAUGAACUGCUAGCCUGUUCUUCUCCAGCCAAAUCAUUGAACCAGGAUACUUUAAAACCAGAAUCACUUUUUUUUUCUUUUUUCUUACUUUUUUCUAUUUAAUAUAUUUUGUUGAUAUAAUGCAAAUUAGAUUAUGUCUGUUCUUGUCUAAAUAUUUGGAUCCAGUUUCACAGAGCAGGAGAAAAUGGACUUGGAGUUAAAUAUGCACCGCUUUGCUGCUAUCUCGGAGAAUACAGCAGUUAGAGUAAAUAAAAUGUGUUCAUCAGAGAAAAAGAAAACUGUUUACUGAGAAGCAGAAAGGACACAUGAUGCGAAAGACAUGAAUUGCUGCUGUAAGUACACUUGCUUCACGGCAACUUUAUCUAGGUGAAUUUUGCUAAUAUUUAUAAGCUUUGGUCUUUUGCACCAACAGGAAGUGAGCUGGAAUGUCAUAUUUCUGGUCAAUAAAAAAAAUGUCACUGCUUAUUAUCAAGCAGCACUUACACCAGACUUUUGCCUGAUGUUUAGCACACAUUGAAAAAAUAAUAGCUUUAGUCAAAGGUUUUGUGAAUGAUCUUUAUGGUAAAAUUCUAUUAUUUCCUUUCGGUCAAGGUUUUUCUUGUUAAUAAUGUUCGCUGGUGUGUGUGUUGAUUAUCUUGAUCUAAUGUGUGCUAGCCUUGGAGAUACACUGGCUCAGGUAAAUGAAGGAUAUACUUGAUUGCUGGCCAGAUUGGAUAAGGGUUUUACCUCUUACACUGAGUAAUAUAGCCAUAAAGCAGUAAUAUAUUCACUGAUGUCUUUUGUUUCUGUAUUUUUCACUGUGGACUUAAUGGCCUGUAUACUUUAAGGCUUGGGUAUGGAGGUUUUUCCUAAUAUUUGCCUUUUUUAAACCUUUUAAUUUUUAAAAGUGUCUUUUUAUGUGUAGUUUACAUGGAUUAUUUUUCAUGUCCUGUGGCCUUUGUAUAGGGAGACAACUUGUGCCUAAAAUGGAAACUUGCUAAAUCCCAUAGCAUUUUAGUAAGAAUAGUCCCUCCAGUCCUUCUUGUUUUCAUCAGAGACAUUUUCAGGUGGAUGUUCAAACAGUUUCAUGCUAAAAAUCAUUCCGUCCUAUAUGUGUCUGAGGAAAAAGUACAGUAAUGGUGUUUUAUUGUUCUUCUCAUGCUCUGCCUUCUAAGAAAGGUGCAGAGCUAAGCACAUCUGUUCUAGCUCAGGGCAGAGUUUUAUGUCCAGCCCAGAAAAACGCACACACACUAAGUUGGGAAAUUAAAAAUAUCUGAUGCAAUAUUUCAGCUCACAAAUUUUAUAAGAUAACUUUAUUAUGAUUAUAUGUCAUUCACUUUAUGGCACAAGGACACAUUACUAGCUGUUUUAGUGCUGGAUUUCAGGACGCAGCAGUUUAGUCUCUGGCUAAAUCACAAGCUGCUUCGUUAUUUGCACUUGAAUUUCUUGUACUUAGCUAAAGCUUCAGAUUAGGGUUCUGUUUCUAAAGAACAGGUUUUAUUACAACGUAUAAUAGGAUUUAGGAUCUUGUGAUUUUCAAAGCUGGGUGUGUUUAUUCUUCAGCUGCAAUCUUGUAUGUUGUAUUCAGUUUUAGCAGCUAGCGCACUUGAACCAAAUAAAACGUUGGUGUUUUAUGAAAUGUUUGGGUAAAUCUUUUACCCAAAUUCUCAGCACAGACCUCUGUAAACCAGCAUAUUUUAUCUUAUUUUUAAAUCUACAGGCUUAUCAUUUAAAGAGAAUUUUUUGUGAUAUGUCCUGUUUCUACACUUGAGUACUGUAUAAUUUACAUGUACCAUUGUUCACAUAUGAUUAUUUUUAUAGUUAUUUUUACACAUAUUAGUAUGUGUAUACCGUGUUAAUGUAUUACAUUUCUGGUUGGUUUAAGGUACAUUUGUUUCUCAGUUUCCGUAUGCAAAUUCAUAUGUGGUUAGGUGAGGGUUUGAUUUAUAUCCAGUCCUACCUGUUUUGCCAUAUGCUGUUCUUGUUCUUAAGCAUUUUGCGUCUAUGCAUUCAGUUGUUGCUGACUUUGUAUUUCUCUGCCUGAGUUUCUCCAAUUUUGAAUUUUAUAUACU